UUGAGCAGAAGCUGAGUACGGAACACGCUAUAGAAGGACAUAACUGUUUUCUCGUUCCGUGUCAAAACUCCGUCCGUUCUUCCGACCGAGCAUUCAGGUUCAGGAAAUAGGGGCUCCCUUUGGUCUAUGAACCCGACAAAGAACGGUGAUGUUGAUUCCAAGCUGCAGCUCCAGGGACCUGGGAGCUGAGACCCUCCACCCUCACUUCAUUCCUCCACUAUGUAAGUCCCAUUUCUCCUCUUGGCCGCACAGAGCUGCUAGGGUUUCUCCAAGGUUCAACCUUUCUGAGCAGAGAAUCCCAAGAAGGAAGAACCCUCUUCCGGGUACUCUACUCCCUCCCCAGGGACUGGACAAGGUAAUAGAAUCACGCACCCUCAUGGAUGGGACCAGGGUUUUUGUGGGGUUUAAGCUUAGUUGCCAUUCAAGAACUGCUUCGCCGGCCGCCAGGCCUUCUCGGAAGAAGAAGUACGGAGGUGUAUUGCCUUUGAUUCUGCGGUCUCUGGAGUCUGAUGAUAAUUUGGAGAAUACCCUGAAUUCCCUCUGCGAGAAUCUUAGCCCCAAGGAACAGACUGUCGUCCUCAAAGAACAGCGAAGCAGCUGGGAGAGAUUGAUUCGGGUUUGGGAGUUCUUCAAGUCGCAGAAAGACUACGUACCCAAUGUGAUUCACUAUAACAUAGUGCUUCGGGUGCUGGGGAGGGCCCAGAGAUGGGAUGACUUGAGAAGAUGUUGGGUCGAGAUGGCUAAGAAUGGUGUCUUGCCCACCAAUAACACUUACGGGAUGCUUGUUGAUGUUUACGGGAAAGCAGGUCUCAUGAAAGAAGCCUUAUUGUGGAUAAAGCAUAUGAGAUUGAGGGGAAUUUUCCCUGACGAGGUCACAAUGAAUACAGUUGUUAGGGUUCUGAAGGAUGCGGGAGAAUUUGAUAAGGCAGAUAGGUUCUAUAAGGAUUGGUGUGUUGGACUGGUUGAAUUGGAUGGCCUCGAAUUGGAUUCAGUAGCUGACUUUGAGAAUGAACUCAACUUGGCGGAUAUAAGUUACAAGCAUUUUUUGUCCACAGAGCUUUUCAAGACUGGUGGAAGAGCAAAGAGUUUUGCUUUAUCGGACAUGGAAGCUUCUUCUCCCAGGAAGCCCCGACUUACAUCUACUUAUAACACUCUAAUAGAUUUGUAUGGGAAGGCCGGGCGAUUGAAGGAAGCUGCUGACGUGUUCGCUGAAAUGUUGAGAUCAGGUGUUCCAAUGGACACAAUCACUUUCAAUACUAUGAUCUUCACCUGUGGAAGUCAUGGAUCCUUAUCAGAAGCAGAGGCUCUGUUGAAAGAGAUGGAAGGAAGAGGGAUUUCGCCCGACACUAAAACGUAUAACAUCCUUCUUUCCUUAUAUGCUGAUUCAGGUAACAUUGAUGCGGCCCUUACUUGUUACCGGCAGAUCAGGAAGUCUGAUCUUUUUCCCGAUGUGGUAACUCACAGGGCUAUUAUACACGCUUUAUGUGAGAGGGGCAUGGUUCGAGAGGUCGAUGAAGUGAUUGAAGAAGUGCAAAAAUCGGGCUUCCAAAUUGACGAGCAUUCUCUUCCCAUGGUUGUUAAGAUGUAUGUUGACAGCAAGUUGCUGAGUAAGGCAAAAAGUUUGCUUGAAAGCUUUCAAAAUAAUUGCACGAUAUCUUCAAAAAAUCGGGCCGCUAUCAUGGAUGUUUAUGCUGAAAAGGGGUUAUGGGCUGACGCCGAGUCAUUAUUUUUUGCCAAGAGAAACAUUGUUGAGCAGCAAAAGGAUAUAUUGGAGUAUAACGUGAUGAUCAAAGCUUAUGGAAAGGCAAAGUUUUACGAGAAGGCCUUUUCGCUUUUUAGGACAAUGAAGAAUCAAGGAGUGUGGCCUGAUGAAUGCACUUACAAUUCCCUCAUUCAGAUGUUUGCUGGGGGAGAUUUAAUGGAACAAAUUCGUGAUCUCUUGGCUGAGAUGCAGAGAGCCGGAUUUAAACCUAAUUGUCUGACCUACUCUGCAAUUAUUGCAUCCUUUGCCCGACUGGGGUUGCUCUCAGAGGCAGCUGAUAUGCACAUUGAAAUGGAAAAGCAAGGGGUGAAGCCAAACGAAGUAGUGUAUGGUUCUUUGAUCAAUGGUUUUGCUGAGAUUGGUAGAGUCAAACAAGCUUUCCGAUAUUUACGGCAAAUGGAAGAAUGUGGAGUCCCCUCGAAUCACAUAAUCCUCACGUCACUCAUUAAGGCAUAUGCUAAGAUGGGUUAUGUCCAAGGGGCGAGAUCUAUCUAUGAGAAGAUGAAGAGCAUGGAGGGUGGUUCGGAUAUUGUCGCAUCGAACAGUAUGAUUGGUCUCUAUGCAGAUCUUGGAAUGGUUUCUGAAGCAAAAGUUAUGUUCGAGACCAUCCAGUCAAGGGGUGAGGCUGACGGGAUCUCAUUCGCCACCAUGAUGCGCCUGUACAAGGGCAUGGGCAUGCUUGAUGAAGCGAUCGAGGUUGCAGAGGAGAUGAAAAAGGCGGAUCUGUUGAGGGACUGCAAUUCAUAUAACAAGGUCAUGGCAUGUUAUGCCACUAAAGGCUUAUUACUCGAGUGUGGCAAACUUCUGCAUGAGAUGAUGUUUGUUCGGAAGAUCUUGCCUGACAGUGGUACAUUUAAGGUGAUCUUUGUAGUUCUGAAAAAGGGAGGGAUGCCCAUUGAAGCUGUUUCACAGCUUGAGUCGUGCUACCACGAGGGUAAACCCUACGCUAGACAGGCAAUAAUCUCCUGUGUCUUCUCGCUUGUGGGCCUGCACAAUUUUGCUAGGGAGUCUUGCAAAACCUUGUUAAAGGCAAAAGUUGCUCUGGAUUCUUCCAUAUACAAUGCCUGUAUUUAUGUCUACGGGGAGAUGGGGGAGACAGACCAGGCCUUGAACUUGUUCAUGAAGAUGCAGGACAAUGGCUUGAGGCCCGACCUCGUGACCUAUGUCAAUCUGUUGAACUGUUACGGGAAGGCUGGCAUGAUUGAGGGGGUGAGACGGGUUCACAAUAUGAUGAAACGAGGCGAUAUCAAGCCCAAUGAGUCCCUGCUAAAUUCUGUGAUGGAUGCCUAUAGAAAGUCUAACAGGCACGACCUGGCGGAGCUGGUAAGCAAAGAGAUGAGAUUUGAGUUGGACUUGCAACAGUACGCCGAUUCAGGAACCGAAAGCGAGCCAGAUGAAACUCCUCCGGACCUUUAGCACCCUGGGAGUCCUACACGUUUUGUAGCGCACUGUUGUUGUGCAAUAUAAAUUUUGGUCAUGGGGCCAAAUUGGCCUGAAUGUAUUCACAUGUAUCACUUCUUCAAUCAACGCAAUGAAUAUGAUAUUUUCUACUGUCC